ACCAUGGACGCUGAAGCUGCCACCCCAGUUCGCCGCCCUGCCGAGCCGUCCUCGCCGUCCCCAACCCCGCUGUCGCUGCGCCAGUGGCGGCCAGCGGCGCAGCGCAACCUGCGCAAUCAGUGGUCGCGCUUGCUCGCGGCCAAGGCCCGGUGGCUGGCUGCGGACGCCAGCGGGCGAUCCCACGCCGCUGCGCUCGUCAACGCCUACCUCUCACGCAGAGACAUGCCAGGUAUGGAUUUGGGCGUGCUUAAGGACAUGCCAGGGAUCCGCGACAGGGCGAGCGCUAAGUUGGCGCACAAGCAGGGGCAGUGUCGUCAGAUGCUUCUAUCAGCAUACAAGGAGAUGGUCCUUGCAGUGUCUGACUUGGUUAAAGCUUCUCGUGCCAUGCGUUGUUACUCCAAAGUAUCUUCCAGUAGCCCACUGUUCAAGUUUACUGACUCCCAAGACGAUUUGAAUGAUUUUGGGGAUGGUGGAGGAGCUCCAGUAUACAAAUGGAUCUCUAUGUCAGAAUUUGAGAACCUUGCUCAAGAGCUUGUCGAGAUGUUUAUUUCAGAGCUACAACUGAAGAGACUGAUUGUACUGGAACUCGUGUCAAUCAACUUAAAGGAAAGUGCAAAUCCUUCAUUAGAAUGGUCGGACGAGCUAUAUGAUGGGGAAUCGUACGAAUUUCAGAGUAUUGGCCUUCAGUCCGGAGACAGCUGCCCACCGCCAAAGAAUUGGAGGGCUGAUGUCUUGCAGGCAAGGCUACCCGACCAUGCUCCAUCCCAUGAUGUUUUGCAGGUUUAUUUAACCUCUUGGCUUGCUAACAUGAACAUCAAUAUGAAUAGAAUUGACGAAAUAUUUGAGCUUGUUGGGGAGGAGAUGCAAAUCAGAUUGUGUUGAAGAUUUUGGUGCAUAUAAUUUAAGGGAGAGCUAUUCAGAAACGACACAUCUUCCUUUCAACGGUUUAUUUUCCUUAACUAAAGUCCUAGAGGCUGAAAGCCUAAGCCAGUGUUCUCUUUCUCAAAUGAAUUACCCUGUAGCUCUUGAAAUGCCUGGUGCGUGCCUAUUAAAGAUGUUCUAAGUUGUUCAACGAAAGGAAGGUGAGCACAAGAACAGAGCCAUCUUAUUUACUCGUGGGUAUGAGGAAUUAGAUUUGAUAAAGACCUACAAUCACUGGGCUUGAUGUAUGUGGCUAUCAUUUCGCUUGACGUUUAGUAGCCUAGUGUCAAGUUGUUCCAGGUUGCUAUGCAUUUACAGUAUAGUUUUGGCUGGCGCCAGGUAACAGUAUUGGGAAAUUUGUUGAUUA